GAAAUGAGCUCCGGGGAGAGAGAGAGAGAGAGAGAGCUCACAUCCAAAGCAUCCUUCUAUUUGGAUUAAUUCCGAAGCGAUAGAGAAGUAGAACGUAGAGACGACAAGGCUAAGAGCAGAAUGUUGGAAGGAAGGGCAAUAAUCCAGGACACAGACAUGCCUGUGAAGAUGCAGCUGCAAGCCAUGUCCUGUGCCUACGAAGCUCUUGACCUCUUUGAUGUCCUUGACUGCACGGGAAUAGCUGCUCACAUCAUAAAGGAAUUUGAUGUGAGGUAUGGCCCUGGAUGGCAAUGCGUGGUGGGAUCCAAGUUUGGGUGCUUCUUCACCCACAGAAAGGGCACCUUCGUCUACUUCUGCCUGGAGAGACUCAACUUCCUCAUCUUCAAAGGACCUUCUGCUAUGUCAACUCCAACCACAAACGCAAAAUAGCUGUUCUGACCUUGUUCUAAUGGCUCCCAACUGUGACCCCCAUAUACAUCCUUCGGUUGUUCUUUGCUCUUUCUGACUCCUCAUACUUCGUCUAACGAAAUAUGGAACUUCUCCAUACUGAUCAACUCCAUGCUUGGCUUUCUGAUCCAAACUCUAUUAUGGUUUCUCUGUCUCAUGUUCUGAAGAUAAAAAGGAUGAACUUGUUCUUAUCUCUGAAGAGCACAUAUCAGCAGAAGUAUCAGAGUGAUUCUUGAUAAUCCGAUCGAGCCACAUUAAAUAAUGGUUCGAAGUGGCCAUUAAACCAUCGUAUCAAGCUGGAUAUCCAAAGAAUUCGAGAAUUCAUGAUCACAAUUUUGCAUCAAAUCACAAUGUGAUAUCCCACCACCUCAUGUUCCAGGUGUAUUUGGUUCGUCUGUUCUCCAAGCGAUCAAUGCUUCGCAAUAAUGUCGAUAAUUUUCCUUGGAUAAAAUCGAUCGAUUUGGGUGUUUUAA